AUGAAAUCUCAAAAAAUACCACAAAGAACAAACCGCACUUUGAUAGCGAAUAGUAACGUUGUGAAUAUUGAAUCGAGUUCUCAUUCAGCAAGUGCCAGACUAGGACUUGAACGGUCUCCAAAGAAGCAAAAUAGUUUCAAAAUACAGAAAAACAGGAGAUACGAGCCGCAAGACUUGCUUUCUCCCCACAUUGAAAGUGCCGAUAGGUCGUCUGGAUUUUUUAUGAGCCCCGUUGCAGUGGACUCGAUGCGUCCGGAAGACUCAUUUCCAAACUCUGGUGCUCAUGUGAGCCCCCGGAAUACUUGUUCCAUGGAAAAUCCGCCAAUGCGUUAUGCGUUUAUGAAUUAUUCUCAAAGCAACAGCAACAUCCCAUUAAACACAUCGUUAUAUGCAAAUCCGAACAUUUCUGCAGUGGUGAGCCGCGAAUUGACCGGUCAAGACGUUAGUAACGUCUUUGACGAGUUCGAAAACUUCGGAUUCCAGACGUUCCCACCCUAUUUCAAUCCGCGUACUGCGGUAAACAUGCCCCAUCAAGAAAAAGUCACCAAGUGGAUAGAACACGUCCCAGUGCACAGCUUGAGUGACGGUGUGUGGGAAAGCGAAUGCUACAGUGUUGACGACACCAUUGACUGGGAAGAAUGCGAAUUCGACUAUGGUCUGGAAAACAGACAUAAAUUUUUGAGCUUCUCGUUGUCUACACCCGACGAACUUUUACAAUUACAGGCCAAAAAAAUUGACAGCAUGGUACGGAGGCUUUAUGAGCUAACUCCCGAAUUUACGCAGACUUCUUCCGGACAGAUUUCUAUGUCCAGUCCUUCUCUCUAG